ACCAAAAUAUUGUAUUUAUAUAAUAAUAAUAAUAAUGAAUAUAAAGAAUUGGGUAAUAAAAUUCUCACUUUUUACCAAAUUUUCCCUACACAAUUGUGUCUCGUUACAUCUCCACAUGAUUGAACCUCUUGAAGAGUGUUUGACCUUCCCUGAGGCAACUCUCCCUUAUAACCUAGAUCGAGUAAAUAGGGUCAGAUACCCCCCUGAAUAAAAAUAACUCCUUUCCUUUCUGGUACCGACUAGACUCUCACUUAAAUUUACUCCUAAAGCGACUACAAGUUUCCAUCACGCGGUUAACUGUGUCAGCGCACAAUGUUACUUGACGUAACAUUCCUCCUAAAGUUUACCGACCAAUAAUCAUGACGCACAUAUACCGUUUUGGUCUGUUUUUUAUGGUACUGUGCUUUGGAGUGUGUUACGCUUCGUAUUCCCCUGGCAAACUCUUAGUUAUACUUGUAGAUGGUGUCAGAUGGGAUUAUAUGAAUGAUAGUAAUCUAUCGGGAUUUCAGAUGAUUGCUAAAAAUGGGAUGAAGGCCAAUUACGUUACACCUAUAUUUCCUACAAACUCCUAUCCUAAUUGGUAUACAAUUGUUACAGGCUUGUACGCCGAAAAUCAUGGAAUAGUACAAAAUUACAUGUACGACAAAGAGAAAGAUGAUAUUUUCUUGAUGGCUCUUCAUUCCAACGCUUCCCAUGCCCAUUGGUGGAAUUACGCGGAACCAUUAUGGAUCACAGCUGAAAAAAAUGGUAUAAAAACUGCAAUGUACUGGUGGGAUGGAUGCCAAGUAGUUAUUCGUGGAAAGAAACCGUCUUUCUGUAGAGAAUAUGAAAAUUAUUGGAUUUGGGGUAAAGUUAACAAAGAUACAAAAGAUGCGUUAUUUAAGAUAUUGGAUAUGUUUCAAAACCAAGAUUACGGAUUAGGUUUAGUAUAUUAUGAAGCUGUAGAUGCAAAUGGCCAUUUUAGAGGGCCUAAUUCUAAAGAAAGAAAGAAAGCAUUGCAAGAUAUCGAUUCAAUUCUUCUAUCUCUUCAAGAAGAGAUCAACAGGCGAAACCUCGAAAACGAAGUAAAUCUAAUGAUCGUAUCGGACCAUGGAAUGAUGCCUGUUAAUCAAGAUAUAAAGAUAAUUCGAAUCGAAAGUGCCAUAAAACUUGACGAUAUUCAUCUUAUGCUCGAUCAUGGUCCCAUGUCCAUGAUUCUCCCUAAAGAAGGAAAAGAAGAUAAGGUUUAA